AUGCGCAGCCUUUUGUCAUUCCUACCAUUAAUCAUCCCCAGCGUCCUGGUAUCUGCGACCGAGUACCACGAGCAGCUGAAUCUACGGCCGCUGCCUCUGUCGGCACUCCUCGCGAGCUUCAACUUUCGAGCCAACACCUCAAUUGCCGACUUUGAGGCACAAAACUUUCGACUCUUUCCGCGGUCUUUAGGCCAGAUCCUGCAGUAUGCGGGCACACGAGAGCUUCACCUGAGAUUCACGCUGGGGCGAUGGGAUGCGGAGAGCUGGGGAACUCGGCCCUGGGACGGAACCAAAGAGGGCGGCACUGGAGUGGAAUUGUGGGCGUGGUUAGAUGCUGAGACGGAUCAAGAGGCGGACGAGAAGUGGUUGACGCUGACCAAUGCGCUGUCUGGAUUGUUCUGCGCCAGUCUCAACUUCAUUGACGGGACCAGGACCAUUCGACCGGUUGUGUCGUUUCAGCCUGAGGGCGACCAUCCCAACACGACGCUGGACAAUACGAGGCUGCUGCAUGGAGUGCUGCCCCAUGAAGUGGUUUGCACAGAGAACUUAACACCGUUUCUAAAGAUGCUGCCAUGUAAGGGCAAGGCCGGAAUUGCGAGCUUACUGGAUGGACACAAACUGUUUGAUGCGUCGUUCCAGAGCAUGGCCAUUGAUGUGCGGCCCAUCUGCCCCUCGGAGGGGGAAUGCGUUCUCCAGCUUGAACAGACGGUCGACAUGGUCUUGGACGUUGAUCGCUCCAAGCGACCUCAUGACAACCCCAUCCCAAGACCUCCCCCUGGCCGUGAUCUAAUCUGCGAUACUUCAAAGCCCUACCAUAAGCCAGACGAUUCUUGCUUCCCCGUGGACCAUCUUCGCGGCCAAGAGUGGACGUUAUCCCAAAUCUUUGGGCGAACAAUGAAAGGCACAUGCCCCUUGACAGACUCCGAAACCCCGCCGGUCUGUGUUCACAUCCCGUCGACUCGCGACAUCUUCUCCUCAGAAGGUGCCCAUGAAAUCAAGUACCCCAACAACGACUCUCUACGAUGCUACCACAUCGAACAAGAGAAGGAAUUCACCCUCAUCUUGACUAAGCCCGAGGUCCCUGCUGACGGAGAAGCUGCCUCUCUUGGAAUUGUCAAGCCGGAAACACCUGUGCUGUACGCCGAGCGAAGUUUCACCGGCCAUGGACAGGAACAUGGUGGUGUGCAAGCCAUUCUCACGAAUCCAGGCGACGAUACGGUGGAGUUUGUCUACAUGGAAUCUCUCCCCUGGUUCAUGCGCGUUUAUCUACACACCCUUUCUGCCCGCAUCUCGGGAUCGUCACCCAACACCAACACAACCACCGAAAUCGUCAAGCAGAUCUACUACCGCCCGGCCCUCGACCGCGCCCGCGGCACACAACUCGAGCUCCUUGUCAGCAUCCCCCCUCACUGCACCGUCUUCCUCACGUAUGACUUUGAAAAGUCUAUCUUGCGAUACACUGAGUAUCCCCCGGACGCAAACCGUGGUUUCGAUGUCGCUGCGGCUGUCAUCACCACACUGGAGCCCAAGGCCAUGAACAUUCGCACCACGAGCUUGCUUCUCUACCUCCCCACUCCUGAUUUCAGCAUGCCAUACAAUGUCAUCAUCUUUACCUCAACAACCAUUGCGCUUGCCUUUGGAGGCUUGUACAACAUCCUCGUCCGGCGUAUGGUGGGUGCGAAUGAGGCUCCAUCCGGAGCCCUCAAAGAUAAAGUACUGGGCUUCGUUGCGAAGCUAAAGAAGAAGAAGACGGCGGUGGCAGCAGUGGCAGCAGGAGGAAGUGUAACGCCUGCCACAGGGAAAACUGGGGCAAAGUGA